AUGGCAACUCAAGCUCCCACUCCAACGCCAAGAAUGGAUAACCUUGUCGGCGUAUAUAAUAUAAAUCAUUUCUGUCAAAUGGUUAGAGAAUUUUUAACGUAUAUUCCCCGGAAUAAUAGAGUUGCAGUUGAGCGGGCGUUAACAAAUCUCACAAAUGCGUACAACCAGUCCCAAAAUGAGAUAGUAAGACUGAGCAGUGAUUUAGCACAAUCAAUGGAAAAUGAGCGAAUUGCAAAUGAAGAUGCUAUGGGUUGGCAGGAUUAUAAUGCAGACUUGCUAGUUGCAUGGAAUAAUAGUGAUAUAACUCGAGCUGAAAUAGAUAGUAUGAUAAAAUCACAAUUAGCUUUAGUGCCAACUACUUUUCUUCAGCCUACACAACCCGCUUCUUCUCAAAGACGAGAAGGACAAUUAUUACGAAGUCAAAUGGAACCAGGUAAAAUAUAUCAGGAUCCUAAUUCACGCUUAAAUGACCCAGAAUGGCUUCGAAUGGAUGAGGCAACGGAUCGUCUUAGUGCUUUAGCAGGUCCAUCUUAUCUGCAAACUUUUAUGGAUACAAUUAGUAAAGGAGUGAUAGAUAGAAUUACGCCUCUCUUACCUAAGAAAAAAGAAACCUCUCCCAUUACUGAUGAUGUAGAUGGAAUCACAAAGGGUAUGGCUGAGUUGUCGAUAAAUGAGGCUAUAUCCAAAGGUGUAUCUAAAGGUAUAUCACAAGGAAUGAAGGAAGUAUAUGCUGUUAGUGUAUCAUCCAAACACCGCUGUUCAAAAUGUCAUAGAAGUGGUCAUCAUUCAAAUUCUUCUAGAUGUCCGAAAAAUAAAAAGAAAAGCAGAUCCAAGAAAAAAGCCAUGUUUAACGAUCCAGAGGUUAUAGAAACAAUUAAAAAUAAUAUUAAUAAUACGAAUGUAUCUAUUGCAAAACCUGACUUUAUAAAUUAUCGAGAGCCGGCUCCGCCGUACGGCUCAGAAAUACCCGAUUCGGACGGGGAGGAUGAAAUGCUAGAUGAUCCUAUGGAGAUAGAUUUCGUCUGUCGGAAAGAACCGGUAAUUAGUAUUGCAACUAUACCAGUUAAAAUCAAACGCUUAAAAAUUCCGGCAUUGGUACUAGAUAGUGGCGCUGAACCUGCAAUCGUAUCAGAAGAUAUUGUUAAACGUGUAGGCGGAAAAAUAGAUACGUCAGAAAAAUAUGAUCUUAGUGGUGUUGCUACCGUCCCAACAGAAUCUGUUGGUAUUACUCAUAAUUUACCAAUAACAUUUUCUCCAGGUUUUACUAUACGUGAAGAUUUUGUAGUUGUACGAGUUCCCAAACCGACAUUAAUAUUCCCAAAUCCGCUUCUCAAAAAAUAUAAAUGUGCUGUAGAUUGGGGUAACGAUAAAAUGAAGAUUCAUUAUAAUGGAGAAGAUUUUAUUAUUCCGGUUACUAUGCACAAAGUCAAGAAUAAGCUCGAAGUAAAUUGCGCUACUGCAUCCCAGAAUGAUAAGCCUUUGAUAUCCAAUCAAAUUCCCCAGAAUAUAGAUGGUAGUGAGGAUGACAAUAUACCGUUCGAAAAGUGGUGCACUCCUGCGGGCUUUAGCUUAAAUUCCGAGAAUUUGACUUUAAAAAAAAAUGCGUAA